ACACCAUUGGGUAGACCAAGUACCAGAAAUGAUGACAGCUAAACGAGGGUACAAUUGUCAGAAAGCUUACCAAGUUCUCUUAAAAAGCAACUUUCUUGCCAGCACUGAAAGAUCUCCCAUCAGUUCUAAAAGAUCUCAGAUCUUGAAGAUUUUACUGUAAAGACAUCUUAGACAUGGCCCCAGAGAUCAACAUGCCAGGCCCAGUAUGUCUGGUUGAGAACACUGAAGAGCAGCUAGUGGUCAAUAAGGAAGCUCUAGAGAUGCUGUCUGCCAUCACUCAGCCUGUGGUGGUGGUGGCUAUCGUAGGCCUCUACCGCACUGGCAAAUCCUACCUGAUGAACAAGUUGGCUGGGAAACAAAAGGGCUUUUCUGUUGGAUCCACAGUACAGGCUCACACCAAAGGAAUCUGGAUGUGGUGUGUGCCUCAUCCCAGCAAGCCCAACCAAACCCUCAUUCUUCUGGACACUGAAGGACUGGGAGAUAUGCAGAAGGUUGAUAACAAGAAUGAUGACCAGAUCUUUGCACUGGCAGUCCUUUUGAGCAGCACCUUUGUUUACAAUACCAUGAGCAAAAUUGACCAAGGGGCUAUUGACCUACUUCACAAUGUGACAGAAAUAACAGAUCUUCUCAGAGCAAGAAGCUCCCCUCAUCUUGAUGGGGUUGAAGAUGCUGCUGAUGUUGUGAAGUUCUUUCCUGACUUAGUGUGGACUCUGAGGGACUUCUACCUUAGCCUGCAAACUGAUGGACAACUCAUCACAGCAGAUGAAUACCUGGAGAACUCACUGAGGCCGAAAGAAGGUAAUAGACUUUCAAAAUUGGAAAGAAGAAAAAGUAGUGAUCAGAGGACUCAGAAUUUUAAUUUACCCCGUCUAUGUAUACAGAAGUUCUUCCCAACAAGGAAAUGCUUUAUCUUUGAUUCCCCUACUGACUGGAAGAAGCUUGGUCAGCUUGAGACAUUGUGUGAUGAUCAGCUGGAUCCUGAGUUUGUGCAACAAGUGUCAAACUUUUGCUCCUACAUCUUCAGCCAUUCCAAGAUCAAAACUCUUCCAGGAGACAUCAAGGUCAAUGGACCUCGUCUAGAGAACCUGGUGCAGACCUAUGUUAAUGCCAUCCACAAUGGAGAACUGCUCUCCAUGGACAACACAGUCCUGACCUUGAGUCAGAUAGAGAAUGCAGCUGCAGUACAGAAAGCCAUGGGCCACUAUAGCCAGGAGAUGAGCCAGAAGGUGCAGCUCCCUACAGACACGCUCCAGGAGCUGCUGGACUUGCACAGGACCUGUGAGAGAGAAGCUAUAGACAUUUUCAAGAAGAACUCUUUCAAGGACGAGGAUCAAAGUUUCCAGAAAGAAUUGGAGACUCUACUACGUACAAAGCAGGAAGAUAUUUGUCAGAAGAAUUUGGAAGCCUCCUCUCAACAUUGCUCAGCAUUACUUCAGGAUAUUUUCAGUGAGCUGGAAUCAGAAGUGGAGCAGGGGAUUUAUUCUAGGCCAGGAGGCCAUGAUCUCUACAUUCAGAAGACAGAAAAGUUGAAGGCAUUAUACUACCAGAAGCCCAGAAAAGGAAUUCAGGCUGAGGAAGCUCUACAGAACUAUUUACACUCCAAGAAGUCUGUGAGUGAUGCAAUUCUACAGACAGACCGGGCUCUCACUGCCAAGGAAAAGGAGAAGGAGGAGGAACGUAAAAAAGUAAAGGCUGCCAUCGCUGAAGCACGAAGAAUAGAGGAGAUUUAUAGGCAGAACCAAAAACAGAUGGAAGAGAAUGAGAGAAUCCAACAGCAGCAACUGAGGCAAAUGGAGAUCGAUAGAGCAAACUAUCAGGCACAGCUGCAGAGGAAUGCGGAGCUUCGCCUACAACAACGCCUCCAGGAAGAAGCUGUAAGACUGAAAGCAGCUCAAGAAGCUGAAAGAAGAAGACUUGAGGAAGAGCUCAGGCAUUUGGAGAACAUGAGGCAAUCACACAGUUCCGACGGUGGCUGUAUAUUAAUAUAAUGUGCUAUAUAUCAAGGUUUUCUUUUCUUCUUCACUGAAGAGACAAAGAAAUGAGAAAGUACACAACUGGGAACAACCAACACUUAAAUGACAUCAGUGACUUUUGUCCAAUUGCUUGUUUUUGCUUUUUUUUGUCUCAAAGUAUUAUAAAGUUACAUGGGGGAAGGGGGGUGGCGGACAUCACAUGAGCUCAGCCAGAUGGAACUUGAUGGUGAUCUUGUACGCAGGUGGGCAUCUCCCCUGCCGGCUGGCUUAUGCUGGAUGUGCCAGGUACCAGUGGUAUAUGAGAGUCAAUUAUUAUACUGACAGUAUGGGUUGUUUUCUUUUCCAUUCUAACUUCACACAUACUAGGCUAUUCUGUCCCACUCUCAGCCCUUUGUUAUUGAUUUUUAAAAAUAACAUCUCUCACUUCUUUUCCAGGCUUACUAAGACCACUACCCUCCUAUUUAUGCUUCCCAAGUAGUAGGGAUUUCAAGUUCACAGCACAGCACUUAGCUUCAUUGAUUAAAAUUGGGGGGGGGGGCCAUGCUUCUUGAGCAGUUGUAAU